AUGCCUUCGACGCGGAUCGCGGUGAAGUGGGGCGCGAAAACGUACGACGUCGAUGUCGAUCUCGACGGCACCGGCGCCGCGCUCAGGGCGACGCUGGCGUCGCUCACGGGCGUCCCGGUCGAUCGCGUCAAGGUCACCGGUCUGCGCGGUGGGCGACCGCUUGCGGACGAUACCGAUCUCCGGACGUGCGGAUUGGAGGACCUGGCGCGGCGGAAUAAACGGUUGAUGAUGUUCGGCUCGACGGCGACGAUCGAGGCGCCGGCGACGGCGGUGAAAUUCGUGGAGGAUCUGCCGGAGCGGGAGCGAGACGCGGCGGCGGCGGGCGACGAGUUCAGACCGGGCAUGGUGAAUCUGGGGAACACGUGUUACGCGAACAGUGUGUUGCAAUGCCUGCGCGCGUGCGCUGGGUUGCGGGAGACCGUGGCGGGGUGGACGGCGGAGGACGGCGGGCGAGGGCGAGGGACGGCGGCGUUGACGAGCGCGCUGAGAGACGUGUUCGGUGACGUCGAACGGGCGCGAGAGGCGGUGAUGCCGGUGCGGUUUUUGAAUGUGUUGAGACAGAUGCAUCCGCAGUUCGCGCAGCACGGACCGGGGGGGGUGCCGAUGCAGCAGGACGCCGAGGAGUGUUGGAGCGCGGUGAUGCACGCGCUGAGCACGGAAACUCCGGAUGAGAUGAAGAGGUUAUUCGGGAUCGGGAUGCGACGAGAGUUAAAGUGUUCGGAGAGUGGUGAGACGCGGAACGAAGAAUCGAUCGAGUACUCGUUGAAGUGCAACAUCACGAUCGAGGUGAACCACGUGACGGAGGGAUUUAGAAUCGCUUUGAACGAUACGCGCGAGUUACGAUCCGAGGCGCUCGGACGAGAUGCCGUGUUCGAGGGCGCAUCGAAGAUUUCAUCCCUCCCAGAAUACCUCACGACGCAACUCGUGAGGUUCUUUUACAAGGCUGACAUUCGAGCCAAGGCUAAGAUUUUACGAGCGGUGACGUUUCCCAUCACUCUGGACGCGUACGAAUUUUGCACCGACGAGCUCAAGGCGGAGCUCGAUCCGGCGAGAAAGCUGAAAUUGAAGCGCGAGGACGACGCCGCGACGCAACGAAUGAAUGAAAAGAAGGCGGCACUCGAGGGGGCGAAAGAGGAGAGUAGUGACACCGCAAUGGGUGACGCCCCGGCGUCGUCCGCGGCGACGAGCGACGUGGCGCCAGUCUCAACGGCGCCCGAACCCGAGGUCGAUCCUCUCGAGGGAACUCGACUCACCGGUUUCUACGAUCUCAUCGCCGUUCUAACUCACAAGGGUCGAAGCGCCGACAGCGGACAUUACGUCUCUUGGGUCAAACACGACAACGGUUCGUGGACACAGUUUGACGACGAAAAGCAGAUUCCCACCACUGAGGAAGAGGUGCUCAAGCUCAAGGGCGGCGGCGAUCACCACAUGUCCUACAUCUUGUGUUACAAAGCUCGAAAAAUUUAA